GCCGGAGCUCGCUCUUUCGGAUUCGAGUUUUCUUCUGAAGUUGUGCUAUUUGACAGUGCUCGGUGCUGGGGGCAAAACUUGAUACCGCGUGGGCCGGAGAGCGUCGCCAAACACUUCAUACCGUUCUCGGCCGGAUUUCCAGCCUCAACCCGAGCCCGCCUCCGCUUCCGUUUACUUUGCUGCAGGGCCGCGAGGAGCAGCGCUGGCGACCUGGAUCUGAAGUGGACAACCAGGGGCGAGCUGGAAGUGGAUGCCAUGCUCGUAACAGCUUAGAGCUGCUUCAGUCCCGGGUCUUCAGGUCUGUGACUACCUGCCUGAAGAUUUGUGGGGUCCUUACUCCUGCUCCAGCCUGGUUGGUGCCACUGCUUUGAAGGACAGGAAUUGCUUCUGGCAGACUGGCCUUGCUAUUUCCUAGUCUGCCUUGCUAACCUCAGAAGGUGGUGGGUUAAGUCAAGGAAUAAGGAAACUGAGGAUGGUGCUUCUCUAGGAACUGUUGUCCUUGAAAGGUGAAGAUAGUUUUGAGGACAUGGGGAAUAGCAACAGUGUGCCUUCCCACAGCCCUUUAGGAAUCAUCCUUAAGCACUGGUCAGUGUUCAGCUCCAAGCACAUGAGCAAGAAAGACAUGAUUUUCUACUGCAACUAUGUCUGGCGCUUCUAUAGCUUGGAGUCUGGUGAGCAGUGGCCCAAAAAUGGAUCCUUAGAUUACAUGACUAUCCUGCAGUUACAAGUGUACUGUAAGAGCAAGAGCAGGCACCUUGAAGUAGACUAUGUGAACACCUUCAUGGCAUUAUGUCAUAAUGUGAACUUGCGGAACAAGUACAAGUGUGGGGGAGAAGCUCCAAGCGAGACAGUUGUGACAGAAUUAAGGCUGCGGGAGGGUCAGCCACGCAGGGCACCUCCUGCUCCUCCUACCUCGAUACCCGGGGAUGUUGAUGCUGCUCGGACUGGUCCAGCCUCAGAGACUGGCACUAUUCCACCAGAGCCCAGGGAUGUGGUUGCCAAAUCCCCGCCAGGGCCUCAGCGGCUCCCCACCUCACCCUCCAGUGCCCAGCAGAGUGUGGACACGCCCCAGCCAGGGCCUCAGCGGCUCCCCACCUCACCCUCCAGUGCCCAGCAGAGUGUGGACAUGCCCCAGCCAGGGCCUCAGCGGCUCCCCACCUCACCCUCCAGUGCCCAGCAGAGUGUGGACAUGCCCCAGCCAGGGCCUCAGCGGCUCCCCACCUCACCCUCCAGUGCCCAGCAGAGUGUGGACACGCCCCAGCCAGGGCCUCAGCGGCUCCCCACCUCACCCUCCAGUGCCCAGCAGAGUGUGGACACACCCCAGCCAGGGCCUCAGCGGCUCCCCACCUCACCCUCCAGUGCCCAGCAGAGUGUGGACAUACCCCAGCCAGGGCCUCAGCGGCUCCCCACCUCACCCUCCAGUGCCCAGCAGAGUGUGGACACGCCCCAGCCAAGACCUCAGCGGCUCCCCACCUCACCCUCCGGUGCCCAGCAGAGUGUGGACACGCCCCAGCCAGGGCCUCAGCGGCUCCCCACCUCACCCUCCAGUGCCCAGCAGAGUGUGGACAUACCCCAGCCAAGACCUCAGCGGCUCCCCACCUCACCUUCCAGUGCCCAGCAGAGUGUGGACACGCCCCAGCCAAGACCUCAGCGGCUCCCCACCUCACCCUCCGGUGCCCAGCAGAGUGUGGACACGCCCCAGCCAGGGCCUCAGCGGCUCCCCACCUCACCCUCCAGGGCCCAGCAGAGUGUGGACAUGCCCCGGCCUCUCCCAGUCUCGCCCUGCCCCUCCUGUACCCAGCUCAAGUCAGCACUGGCUCUAGCAGAAAGGGCCAAGCAGACCCUGCCCUGGGGCACUCCUGGCAUGGCUAGGUCUGCAGAUCUGUACAAGUGGAGGGCAAGUGGGAAAAACCUGUUCACCUCCAUUGUUUAUUCAACGUUUUACCCCACCAGGCUUGACGUCUGCAUGGUGGCGGACAGACCUCUCUCUGGCGGGGAGCAGUUCCUCACGUUGCAGAAGGCGCUGCAGGAGGCUGUGGGGAUUACGAGAAACUGUGACAUCAAUAGGGCCCUGGAGGUGCACCAAUGCCCCAGUGAAAGCCCCUUUGCUUUUCUAGAAAGGAUUUCUGAGGCUUUACGAAAGUUCACCCCUGUGGACCCAGAGGACCCUGACUGUGCCAGGCUCGUCAACAUGGUCUUCAUCAGCCACAGCGCUCCUGACAUCCGCGACAAGCUGCAGCAUCUGCCUGCAGCCGAGGGCUACCCCACGGCGCUGCUGGUCAACCUGGCCAACCUCGUGUUUAAAGACCGCGAGCGAGUGGAGAGAGUGCGGAAGCAGAGACGGCUGCAGCGACAGCGCAGGAGGGAGCGGCAGAAGAGGGAUGCGCAGAUCGCCAGAGCCGUCCAGGAAGACCACUGCUGCUGCACGCCGGCCCCGGGGCUGCAGUGGGAACCGUAUGCCUACUGUGUGCAGGCCUUCACCCAGUUUUCCUAGCCGGCAGCCACUAGGAACCUUGGCGAGACACACUGGAGCUUUUUGUGGGUCCUUUACCCAAACCACUGCAGGGAGGGCUUGUUCCAGCUUCCUGUGUAUCUCAGAGAGCACCUAGGCUUUGCUGGAUUGUGGCUUGAUAACCAAAUGAGCGCUGACAGUUUUUGUACCACAGUGCCUUACGUGUAUGUGUUUGGGGAGCGGGAGUCCUGUGCUCUGCUUGGCCCUGAGUCUGCAACUUGAGGACAGACUACAUGAUGCGCAAGAUGCUCUCCACCUGCCAAGACAGAGUUCACUCUGUUCAGUGCAGCAGGUGCCAGAGAAGUGGGGUGAGCGCAGUAUGGAGCUAUGCCUGGUUUUCAAACAGGUCUGGAAUGUGCCAGGAGACGUGAGGUCGGGGGCCAGCAACCUAGCUCACCUGCUUGGUGUGCCUGCUUUGCCAUGUCCUCGCUAUGUUGGUGGAAGCUUCCCUUUGUCUUGAAAAAACAGCCCUGAGCCAAAGAGGUUGAAGCUAGGUGUGGGGCCAGAGCGGGUAAGGGACCCUGACAAUCUAGGACAGCAGUAGCCAGAAAAGUAGGGUGGAGGGAAACAAAAGCCCUGAGUUAGAAAUACUUCGCAGUCAAGAGACCUGUUAGGGGAGUUGUAAAGUCUUUUGCCAGCUUGUUCCGUCCUGCCAAUACCCAUAUGGCACUCCUGGGCAACUUUUUUUACUUUUUCUUCAGAGGAGAAACAGCAGGAGAAAGACCUGCAGUAGUACUCUUUGCUUUACUACUUACAAAGCUUGCAUUUUGCAGAUGGGGACAGAGUCUUGAACCCAGGUCCUUGUAUUCUAGCAUUGUGAGCCUCUGCCCAGCCCUUCACCACCUGAGUUCAUUGAUAGACUUUAUUGCACGUACAAGAACCUUGAGGUCCCAGGAUUUUUUUUUUUAUGCCAAAAAUUAAACUCCCAGUUGAUUACGUUUAAAUAGAAACUUGUGAUCGCUUAUUUAAUUGCCACCAGCGUUGUCACUGGGGCUCAGUGCUUGCACAAUGAACCCACUAUGUUUUGCUCUGCUUUUACUUGAUAGGACAGAAAUAUUAGAGGAGAAGGGGAGAAAGUACCUUUUAAUUGCUUCACAACUCACAUCUAAACCCUGCAGGUGGGGACCACAGGCUUGAACUAGGGUCCUUCCAAAUUGAUGUCUUCUCAGCCAAGUAGGUGUACUGGCCCCUCUUAUGAAUUUUUUUUUAAGAUUUUAUUUAUUAAUGAGAAACAUAGGAGAGAGAGAAAGAAGCAGGCAUCACCCUGGUACAUGUGCUGCCUGGGAUGGAACUCAGGACCUCAUGCUUCAGAGUCCGAUACUUUUAUCCACUGUGCCACCUCUGGGACCACAAUUUUUUUUUUUUUUAAUGAAUGUAAGUUGACUUUUAGAAAUACUUUGGGGGCAAGGUGGUGGCACACCUCCCCACCUGCAAGGGGAAAGAUUCACAAGUGGUGAAGCAGGAGGUGCAGAUGUCUCUCUCCCUCUUAUUUCCCCUCACCUCUCAAUUUCUCUCUGUCUCUAUCCAGUAAUAAUAAAUUAAAAACUUUGGGGCCAGGUUCAAGCCCCUGGCCCCCACCUGCAGGGAGAAAGCUUUGCAAGUGGUGAAGCAGGGCUGCAGUUGUCUCUGUAUCUCCCCCUCCCCUCUCAAUUUCUGGCUGUCUUUAUCCAACAAAUAAAGAUAAUAUGCCGGGCUAGCAUGAGGGUGUUUCUUCCUGGGUGCGCACUCUCUGGGUUGAAGAGAACUAGAGCCAACCUGGGCGGCUGCUUACUCAGCAACGCGGGAGAGAGAGCAGGAACUCGUGGCGGAGUGGGAACGCAAUGCCUCUUGAUCAGAGACAAGGCCUCUCUCUCUCUCUCUCUCUGUAUAUGUAUAUAUGUAAUCUUUAACCGGAAGUGGGAAAGGAAAAUGGCUAGGAGAAGGGGGGUGGAGAAAAGAGCACGAAGGUAGAAAGCUUCCAUAGCAGCUGUUGGGAAGGUUCUAACCAGUGGGAUUAACCAAAACCCUGCAGGCAGGGCGGGUCUCAGGCAAAACAGUGAUGAUGUAAAUAGACCACGGCAUCAUCAUGGAGCAAAGCAGGGGACUGCCCGACAAUAAUACAAAAGCUACUGAAUGAAAGCUAUUAAAAUAAGUAAAAAACUAAUUAGGAAAUAUUUGUAGUGACUGACGUGUCAGCAGCUGCUUCUUGCUGGCUGCCUCAGCACAGAGGCGCUUGAGCCAUGGCUGCAGGUUCACACCACGUCUGAGCUCUUGCCACAGUCCCAGCUGUGGGACAAGUCUUGAGCCAUCAUGGGGACUGUUCUCAUGCUUGAGUUCUUAGCUGAUUCUUCAGUAAACUUACUUGGAAAUUGA